AUGCUCUCUCGAUGGGUCAUCAUCAACUGGGACGACGCGGCGAUGAGAGCUUGCCAGGAGUCGGCCGUAGUUCAGCACUGUGCGCUCGAUACCCAACUCCUUGAUGCUGGGCUUGUGAAACGUGGUGCAAAGGGUGUUCUGGGCCACGAGGCCACCUAUCACGACGAGAAAGGGGGCGUACUUCAUCAGGUGUAUGCCAGAAUGUGCUGGCGGCGCGUCGAGAUGGCAGCGCUGGCGCUGUGGCACGGGGUACACGUGACCAACCUCGACACUGACGUCCUCACGUUUAGAGAGCCCUUUCCCGGAGGAGGGCCUCCGCAGCUGCCACCACACUUGGCGCCGCGGGGCGUACAGGCGCAGGUGGGUCUUGAUUUCUAUGGGAUCAUCUGGGGGCGCGAGUCAGGUUUCAACCGUGAGUGCCCCACCUUUGCGUGCGAGCAUCAAAAUUACAACGGGGGCGUCUGGCUCGCAAAGGCGCACCCGACCACGAUUGCGAUGAUCAAUGAUACACUCGCCACUGGGCUGAAAUUGUCAGCGGAUGCUUUUGAGCAGUCCGCCAUGGGCUCGAUCAUUAAGAAGUGGGCAAAGCAGGGGCUGCGGACGGCAGUGAUUGAUCCGCUGCUCAUGCAGGGUGACGGAAAAGCCAUCGGCUCAUAUGGGCCGCCGCAGCUGAACAAGAGCAUCUGCGACAAAGAUCUCAUUCACUUCUCGGCGACCGGAAAAUUCAGUGGGAAGAAUUUACGGAUGGACCGAGCGGUCAAAGCCUUCAGGGCGGCCUGCAGCACGAGCCCCUCCGCGGCGCAGCUCAUGGAGACGGUGCCGCUGCCGGCCGACCGUGACAAGGUCACGCACCCGUGCACGCGCGAGUUCCUCGUGGAUCCGCCUGCGGCCGCGCCUGCUGCGGACGCUGAGGGCUGCGCCGCCGCCGCCGAGGAUGCCGACCGAGAGAACGAGCCGCCGCUCGCCCAGGCGCCAGUGCUGCAGCGCCGUGCAUGA